GACGAGAGAAACGGGCUGAUUUCCUCGACUAUGGAUGGGGAUAUCUACGAUCAAUUUGGGGAGGUCAUUGACAGAAGGCUUGGAGGAGUGAGAGCUGAAGCCCAACGAAGAGCGGCAGCGGGACCACCGCCCCUUGCCAUGUUCAGGCUAUGGCAGGAAAAGGAGGAACCACCGUUUGGGGUGGAAGAAGUGGGAAGUGAUGAGGAAGUGACUCAAGGGCUACGAGGAGGAAGUGAGACGGAAGAGGCCAUAAUCAUCGAGUCAGAUGACGAGGGGGAGGAGGAAAGAACGGAGUCUCCGUCCGUCUUAUUUAAGAAGAUGAAGGACUUGCUGGAUAAGAUGGGGAGAUACCAACAGAAGUUGGUGGACCUCUGUAAAGAAGUGAAAGGAUGGAGGUCUAACAUCCCCACAGUAUUCCUCUAUGACUCCGGCCCGGAGUCUGACUUUACGAAGACAGCCAUGCCAAGAGGAGGGAAGGGGACACGGCCGCCUCAGAGGCCGUUGGGCGCAUCAGGAGGAUAUGAGCGGCAUGGGCCUCGCCAACGAGAGAGUACUCCAGUCUACAAUGAUGGGGACAUCGAGCUAUUCCUGGACAGUUUCUGGGAGCAUGCAAGGCGUAUGGGCUGGACCGUCACUCAAGCUAUUGAGAGAUUGAGGGGAGCAGGUAGGUUCGAAGAGCCCAUUGCCAGGAUUCGUAGGGAGGCGACGACGAGGCAGGAGGUGGAGAUAAGGAUCGAGGAGUUGCGACCCUCGCCGGUGGGACCUGAUGGCAGGCCGAUCCGCCUGGAGAUUGGAAAUGUGUCGGACUUCAUCCCUGCGUUUGAGUGGUUCAUGCAAGAGCAGGGCAUACAGAGAGAUGAUUGGAUGCAGACACUACCACUCAGGACCAGGAAGGCGGAAAGGCCACUGGCUAUGCAGAUCAGGGACAUGGCACGAGAUUGGGAAAGCUGCAGGGCACAUUUGAGAGAGGUCUUUCGACGGCCAGAGCUCCCUCAACCCAGAGUCGAGAGGCGGCAGAGGAAUUCCGCACGUACCGUUGCGGCAGGCAGUACGAAGUCAGCCGCGGGGCCGGCGGCAUAGCCAUGAUAAAUGCCGCUACCAUCC